AUGGGGAUGGAUGUCAAAUACCUCAAGGAACGCAUAGGAAGAUGUUUGGCUGAGGGACUUGCAGAAGCGGCGGACCGUCGGCCUGUGGACCCAAUCAAUUUCCUGGCACACUUUAUUUACAACUACAAGAACAGAUUAAAUGAAGAAGAAAAGGUAAUGCAUCUCUUCUUAAUUUAAAAGCAAACACUGAAGAAAGCUAGCAUCAAGGAGACAGGGUUUUCCAUUAAUCCUUUGUGAAUUUCCCCAAUCCUUUGUGCUUUUUUUAGAGGAGGGUAGAGAGGGCCGAGCUGGAACGUGAGCAUGAAGAAGCCCUUGCAGAAGCGAAGAGGAUAGAAAAGCUGAAAGCAGAAGAGCUCCUGGUUGCCAAGAAAUUUGAAAAACAGCAGCAGGUCUGAAACCCUUUCCUAAGCAAUAUUAAGUUUACCAUAUGAAUAGGUGAGAUGAUCUGUAAUGACAGCAGAGGGCCCAAAAUAAGCCAGUAAUACUAUUGUAGUGAAUGGCUAUUGGGUUUUAAAUGAUGAGUGGCUGAGACACCAUCAAUCAUUUGUUUUAGUUAGCUAAAUCACAUUUUUAUUUUAUAAAGAUCAUUAAAGAGCAGCAAUCCAAGAAGACAAUUGCAGAGUUAUCUGGGAAGGAUGGAGUACCAAUUCUGCAGAGUACUGAAGAAACUGACAAAAAUCAUAUAAAUGAAGUGAGUAACAACAUGUAUGUGGGUUUAUUGUCUCAGAAUUCCCUUUUAAUAAUGAAAUUGGGUGGUUGAGUUUUUCAGUCUGAGAGUAAAAUGAGGCCACCAAAAAAUAAGGGAGUAGUUUCUAUAUACCCAGGUAUGCAGAAGUAUAAAAGUGUGUAAAUGAAAAAGCUUUCUUUUUAAAUAAAACAACUGCUCUAUGACCUUCCAAGAAUGUGGGCACCGAGAUAAGAAAACACCAAACUAAUUGAUUGGUGAAUGAAUUUCUGGAUUCUCAAUGAACACUUUAGACGGGAGCUCCUUUGUCUUUCCUAUCUCUAUUGCUUGGAGUCAGGUGUGUGUAGCUGGCCAGUUAUAGCUCUAAUGAAAUCCUCAGUUUCUCCAUUAUUUUUUAUGGACAUUUCUCACUUCCAUCUGGGAACCUUAGGACAAAGGGAAGAAGCUGAGCAGAUUCUAUGAGUCUAAAAUCUAAGUCUCUAGUCAAUGCAUGGAAUCAGAUGAAUAAAAUAAAUUGAAAGAGAGAGGGAAUUAAUUGGUGUGUCAAGAUCCUAAAAGCUUAUAAUAUUAUAAUGAAUAACAUUAGUUUUGGAUGAGGAGAGAUGUAGGUCAUGAGAUUAAAGUCUCCUCCCCAGACUAUACACCACUCGCCUCUCUUCUUCACCCUGAAGAAGAGAAAAAAGCCACUGUGACCUCAUUAUGAUGCUGUCUCCCUAAAGAGAGAGGCUGUCCACUGUGAUCUCAUGAUGAUGUUGCCUCCUUGAAGGAAAGAGUCUGGCCACUGUAACCUCAUGAUCAUGUUGCCUUCCUAAAGGAGAGAAAAAAGCCACUAUGACCUCAUGAUGUUGCUUCCCUAAAGGAGAGUUUACCAUUGUAUAUACCACUGUAUAUACGAAGCACCCUGCACACACACACAAAAUGAAUAUUCUCCCCAAUUUUGUAGUCUUGGACAUGCAAGGAGCGUAAUUUUAUUAGAAACAUUCAAACAUGCAGUGUUACUAACUCUAGUCUGAAGAGGUACAGUUCAGGAGGGAAAAAUAACCAAAGCUCUCAUCUAGUGUACUUUUGUUUUUGCAGAUAGGCUGUUCCAUUCUGGGUUAGGUCCGACACUGGGGGUUGGAAAGGCAAGGUUGAAAGGCCACUUCCUGUAAAGUGGGAGUAGCUACCUAUCGCUCUCCAACUUAACUUAAAAAUGGAAACAUCUGCAACAUACACAGAAAUGCAACAACACUGUUGGAUCACCCUGAAACAGGAAAAACAAAAACAAAUGGAAACUAUAAGUGUGAAAUAAAUCAUCAGUAGGAGAACAACCAAUAUAAGGAGAGAAGAAGUGAACAUUUGAGACAGUGGGUGGGUGAAAUGCCUGUAUUCAUAAGAACAGAAGGCUCACUAGAUAAGAACGUUGUUUUCUUACUUUAUUUAUAAGGGAGUAUUCUUUAUUGGGUUGUAAAAAAGUACUGCCUCUCUGGGUGGGCAUUCUUCCUUGCCCAAACAGUCCAGCAUAUGCCACGCUGGCUUGAGGACUCAGUGAAGAUCCUUAUGGCCAAAGACUACCUUGGCUGAGGUUGAGUUAUUAUGAACAUUUAAUUAUUUAUUAAAUAUUUUUGUUACAAAAUAAUUGUAUUUUUAAUAUUUUCUUGGAAGUCGCCCAGAGUGGCUAGGGAAACCCAGCCAGAUGGGCGGAGUAUAAAUGAUAAAUUAUUAUAACUGAUUUCAAAAGGAGAAUUUUCAUGGUGGUGUAUGUCCCUGUGCUCAUGUAUAUGAUGUUGAUUUGUAUUAACAGAAGAGAACAGAAGAGAAGGAUGUGAGGAUUCCAGAAAAACAUGAAACUACUUCUGAGUCAAAGAAAGAAACCUUAGAAGACAAAUUGGAUCAAGGUUACAUCAGUGUUAUAAAGGCUGAAUUGGGUGAGACACCUGGUGAGGAGAAUAUCAGCACAACUCUCCAGGAAGGCUUGACAGAGAUAACCAUGGAUGAAGAUUUUAAUCGGAUUCCACAGGAGACGAUGGAUGACGGAGGUGAAAGCCGGUUGGAACAUGAUGAAGUAAAUCAGAAUGAACAGGAUACAGAAACAGAAGAUGACACGGAAGAUGAAGAAGCUACUCCAGAUGAGGAAUCCAAAUCCAGUCAAGAGCUGAAUUUGGAGUAA